ACCGUGGCCACAGGGUAUCAUUCAACAUCAGAAUGUCCCAAUUAUAAGUCAAGUUGCAAACCAAAGUCUCCACCAUGGAACUUUGACACUGUCUACUUAAACGUCAUUCAACAUCAGUGUCAAAGCCUUCCUAGGAAUCAACUCUCUCCAAGCUGCCAUGUCCGCAGGAGUCGUCGCGGUAGUGCAGAAGAAGAAGACUUUGAUUUCUGGGAAACGAACAUGUUGUUGAGAUGGAUCAAAGAUGAGUCUACUCCUUUGCUCCCCAACAACCACCACUAUAGUAAUCCUUGUACAAUGACGACGUUGUCACAAAGACAAGCAGAAAUUGUUCAAAGUAGGAGGGAGAUGAUGGAAAUGAUCCAAGACAUGCCCGAGUCAUGUUACGAACUUUCUCUAAAAGAUAUUGUUGAUGAUGAGCAACAAGGUGCUCAGGGGGUUAGAGAAGAAGAAACUGAUGCCAAAGAGACAAGUUUCAGCUUUCGCAGUGAAGAAGAAGUCCAAAUCAGGAAGCAAAAGAGUAACGUGAAGAAGAAAAGCAGCUAUGAAAUAUCAAGGACUUCAAGCAUGGAAAGUGAAACUUUCCUAAUUAAGAUGUUCUUUCCAACUUUUCUAGGUUCAAAGAAGAAACUAAAACCACCUGGGAAUUGCUCCUCAAAAGUUUCGCCAAGCCCUUCAUUAUCAUUAAAGAACAACCAUAAAGAUUGGUGUAAGAUAAGGGCAUUUUUCCUUGCAGGAGUAAAUAAAAACAGUCAGGGAAACAACAGCAGCAGCAGCAGCAGCAGCCGAACUAGGUUUUCUGAUGAGACCAAUACCUUACCUGGGUGCUGGUUCUUCUUCCACAGCAAGAAAAGCAAAACCAAGAGACAAAGGGGAUGCUUAUUGUAAAGAGAUAUUUAGUCAUAUACCCAUUCUUAGCAAUAAAACUAUAAAUAAACCCUACACCAUUUUU